AUGGGCCGCAUCAGUCGCCUCUUCUCCUUCAAACCACCCAAGUUCUCAAUCGAUAUCCCAUCAACAUUCACCACAAUAAUAUCCGGUCCCAAAUUGAAGAUCAAAAAAAAGUUAUCCAUCUCCCUCCCACAGCUCGAUCCAAUCUACCACCCUUACCGCGACUUCUCAAACACGGUUACAGGUACAGGUACAACAGGUACAACAGGUACGACAACCAAUGGGGGUUUUUACGACCAAAUCUCAAUCCACGGAUACGCCGUCCCCGCCCGUUUCAUCGCCGCCGAACAUAUUGCCAUAUUCCUCGACACACUCCCCAUCGGCGACUUCAAGCGUCUGGGACAGUUGGUCAUAACCGCCAGUGUGGGAAGACUAGGUCAUCUAUCAUUACUGCCGGAUAGCGACCAUCUUAUCAUGGUCGCUGUGACGAAGUUGAAGGGGAUUAGUAGGGAUAGUUAUGAUAUGGAUAACGAGCUGAGGUUGAGGUUGAUAUACUUCUUGGUGAAUAGGUAUGGAGCGUAUUUCAGGUGUUUGAAUCAGUUGUACCCGGGGGAGCUGGAAUCCCUGGUUGGAGGGUCGCAUCGCUGUCAUCCUUUGGCGGUUUUGUAA